UAUAAAAGCCACGGGGAUUGAGCAUCCUUACACCAGAUCAACAAAAUAUGCUGAAGAAGAUACUUCUUGUUACGUAUGCCCUGACUAUUGUCAGGGCUCAGGUGCCUAGUUUAGGAUGGUGUCCUGAUUACGUACCUAUGGCUAAUUUUGAUAUUGCAAAGUUCCUGGGAACGUGGCAUGAAGCCGAAAGAUAUUUUCAACUCUCAGAGGUAGUAUCACGUUGCGUGAUGGCUAAUUACUCACGCGGUCAUGAUAAUAAAUUGCGUGUGAGCAAUGAAGUUACCAACAGAUUUACUGGAAUAAAACGAGUUUUAGAGGGUGAAAUAAAACCGGCAGCUUCAAAAGCUGAAGAAGGAAAAUUACAUAUUAAAUAUACGACUGUUCCACUAACACCAGAAACAUCUUAUGCAGUUUUGGAUACCGACUACAAAAACUAUGCGGUUUUGUGGAACUGCAAUGGUAUUGGCCCAUUCCAUACACAAAAUGCCUGGAUUAUGACGCGAGAACGUAUUCCUUCUGGUGAAGUUUUACAAAUGGCUUAUGGAGUCUUGGACAAAUAUAAAAUAUCAAAGACAUUUUUCGUUAAAACAGACCAAGAAGAUUGUGCCUACUUGGAUCAAUUCAAACCCGUUGAAAAACCAGCUGAAAAACCAGCUCAAGAAAUGCCACAAGCUGAAAUUCCUGUUGAAGCUCCCCAACAAUUGAGAUCAGCUAUUAUACCUGACGAAACACACAUUAAUAGUAUUAAAGAGGUUGAAAAAGUUGAGGAAAAACCUGCCAACAAAAUAGAAUCCACUGUCAAUGCAGUAAAAACUGAGGCUAAACCAGAAGAGAAGGAAAAAGAAGAAGAAAAAGAAAAAGAGACGAUUGUUGACAAGAAACCGGUGAUUGUUAAAGAUGAAAAAGUUGAUGCUGAUGAAAAGAUGACACCGGUAACAGUUCCAGAAGUUAUUUACCAAAAGAGUUCUGAUAAAAAUGAGGAAAAACCUGAGAAAGACGAAAAAAUAAUUGAGAAAAAAGAAGAAGAGAAGAAAACGGAGAAAGCUGAUGCAGUCGCUGUUGAAAUUCCGAAAGUGGAACCCGUUGUUGCUGAUACACUUGAUCCCAAACAAGAAGAACAUGAUCACAGCAAAACACAAACUGUAGAUGCACCAAAAGAAGAGCAAAAAAUUGAAAACAAAGUUUGAUUGAUAUUAAUAAAAUUAAUGCGCAAAAAAAAAGUUUUAAUGAUAAGUAAUAUUAAAUAAUUGAUUAACUGUUCCAAUAGCGGUAUGAGUUUAUAAAACCAGUCUUCGGUUGUCAAGUUCAAUGUUACUUUCCCAGAUUACGUAUUUAGUUUGUGUAGACUGAAUGAUGUAAAAAAAAAAAGAAAAAAAAGUAUAUAAAAAAUAAAAAAUACAAAUGUUUAAAAAAUAUAUGUUAAAAAAUGUACAAAAAAAAGUGUGAAUAAAUUGUUACAUGAAAAAUA